AUGAUUGGAUUGGCGAAAAGAACGCCUGAUGAUGAUGAUGAUGAUGAUGAUGAUGAUGAUGAUGAUGAUGAUGAUGAUGAUGAUGAUGAUGAUGAUGAUGAUGAUGAUGAUGAUGAUGAUGAUGAUGAUGAUGAUGAUGAUGAUGAUGAUGAUGAUGAUGAUGAUGAUGAUGAUGAUGAUGAUAGUGGAAAAAGGCCGACUUAA